AUCCCAGUACUCCUCUAUAACAAAACUUGUAAGAUAUCAGAAUCUCUCUCUCUCUCUCUCUCUCUCUCUCUCUCUCUCUCUCUCUCUCUCAAUAGACAUAAUGGCAAGAAAGUCAGAUCCUCUAGUGGUUGGAAGAGUGAUAGGAGAUGUUGUUGAUAAUUUCUUUGCAAGUGUGAAAAUGAGUGUCACUUACAACUCGAACAAAAAAGUGUGUAAUGGGCAUGAGCUAUUUCCUUCUGCUGUGACCCUUCAACCCAGGGUUGAAGUUCAUGGAGGUGAUUUGAGGUCCUUCUUUACACUGAUUAUGACAGACCCAGAUGUGCCUGGGCCUAGUGAUCCAUACCUGAAGGAGCACUUGCACUGGAUGAUCACUGACAUUCCAGGCACAACUGAUUCCUCUUUUGGGAAAGAGGCAGUGAAGUAUGAAAUGCCAAUGCCAAACAUAGGGAUCCACAGGUACGUAUUUGUUCUUUUCAAGCAAAAGAGAAGACUGCUGGCAGUGACUGGUUCCACUUCAAGGGAUGGAUUCAGCACCAGAAGAUUUGCAGAAGAGAAUGGUUUGGGGCUCCCUGUUGCUGCUGUUUUCUUCAACGCCCAAAGGGAAACUGCUUCCAGGAGGCGUUAAAUUAUACGCGUUAAUCAAUCAUCAUGAACGAACAUUCGUCAAACACAAAGCGCAGUUUGAUGGGGUCUAUUAUGAUCACUUGCCUAGAAAUUACUACUCCAGUCAAUAAGCUAAUUGAAGUAACUAAUCCUACAAGUUUAUGUAUUUGGCGCGCAGUUCAUGAAUUCAGUAGUUGUAAUAUGUCCAUUUAUCUAUGGAGGACUGCUCUUUAAGCAUGUAAUGAAAAACACUUGUUGAAUGUGCAAUGCAAUUUGGGGAAAUUCACCAAA